UGCGCUCUGUGUUGCGGCUCAGUUUGGCCACACCGACUUGUGCGUCUAUUUUGGUAUUUUCUGAGCUGGCUAUCAGGACCCCGGCCACACCAGUGCAAUUGGACAUGGAGCUGAGGGCUUGACUCACUUUGCUGGGGAUUCUGCACUGGAGUCUACACUGAGGAUUAUUGUUUGAUACCACAGUCUAGAUUGGGCUGUUACACUCAGCAUGAAAGAUCGAUCACCAAGGAAGUGACCACAUCACACCACUUUCUCAACCUGGGCUGGACGAAAACCAACGAAGCUGCAGUGUUCCAAGAGCUGUAGAGGAAGCAAGACAGGUGAUGCACGAGACAGAAAGAUAGUUGUUGACAUCAUGACCUGUGUGGAAAAGCGACACAUGAACCAUCGGGUGGGGAGCAUGCUCCACCAUCGCUUCCCCAACGGCUUCACUGACAUGUUGAUGGACGAGACUGAUCGUGAGGUCAGCACUCUCACCGAUCGGGCCUUCCGAAGUCUCUGCGUUGGUGAUGAUGCGGUCUUCAAUGACGAGUUCUUGAAUGGAUACUCACCUUUCAACUGCCACAAACCUUUGGUGGGGGAGCCUCUUAAAAAGACUCAUCAUAAGGAAUCUAAAAAGCAUGGCAAAAACAAAACAGACAAAAACUUUGCCCAGCAACAACACAAGAAUAUAUCCCACAUAUCGUCUUUCCUCAAGGCAUUAAGUGCCACAGAGGAAAGCUGUGAGGAAAUGUUCAUUAAAAAUGGAGGUAUGCCAGACACUAACGUGGAAUCAUGGGAUAAGUCUGCACUUCGCAGCAUCCAAAGAGAGCUGUCGGAUUUCUCCUCGGAUUAUCACACCAAUCUCACAGACGGACAUCACAAGAACCAUCACAGGCAUCGCACUGUUGACGGUUUCUUAAACAAAACAGGCAAAAAUGUUGCCCUUCCCUCUGAAAAAUUCUCAAAGAGCCAAAAUGGGAAAUCCACUGUCAAACUAAGGAAACUUAACAUUAAAAACUUUUUCCUCCACAGUGAGUUCAGUCCUUUCCAAUCAUGGAGAGAUUUUAAACCGUUCCCCUUUGGUCAAGAGGAAACUUCUAUUCUUCCCAUAGGUAAUAUCCCUAAAUGGUAUGAUUUGCCUUUUUACAAGGAGCUGACAGAGGCACACAGAAAAGAGACUCAGCAUACAGAGGAGGCGCAGUCAUGCCAGAAAGCAGCCCCUCCUCUUACUGCUCCUAAACCCAUCCCUCCUCCUCCUCCCCCAAAGGUUCUGCCAAAGCCUAUAGCCACUACUGCUGAUAAAAGGUGCUCAUCAGAUGGUGGAGAUGGAAGUGCUGCCCCCUGGAGGCGCAACAGAUCCAGGGCAAGAAGUGUGAUUCCAGUCAAUCAGCCUGGGAGACCACCUCAGAACAGUUCAAAAACUUUGGAUGAAAGUCUUUGGUUGCUGAAAGAGGAAGCUAGAUGUGUGGAGGUGAAAGCCAUUGAGGAAGUCAACUCUUUGGCGUCCACUCCAUUCAGCAUCUGCCAGCUAAUGACUCCCAUCAUUCCCUCCAGACAACCAACAGAAACAUCAGAAAUCCUCCAAACUAUCCUCUCGCCCACGGCCCUCGACCUCCCACAAAGACCACACUCUGAAGCCAAAAUGACCCCUGAACCUCCAGUCAAGCGGGACAGCUACAAAUCCCUCGCCUCAAGCAUCCUCUUCAACCUCAAAGACAACAGGAAAAGAGUGAAAAGCCGUUACAGCCCUCCGAAAUUCAAAACAUUAGAAGUGCCUGAGGGUGGCACCCGAUCUCCACAAUCAGAUAAUUUGAAAUAUCCACAAGCUGGCUCUGAGGGUCAUGAAUCUGGCUUAAGCACUCCUGCUAUUUUAAAAGAUGGACAUGUAGUUUGCAGUCCUGUUUUGGAAUCUAACAGCACCCCAACUAUUGAUCUUACCAAGCAUACUGAUAGACCUCUUUCAGGUGAUUAUUUGUUAUCAAAUCUCUUGCAAACCAAAAGAGACGCUGCAGGUAGUCUUGGUGAGGAGAAUCCCAUCUCCCCCUUCACACCCUUAAAAAAGACCAAGAGUCCCAAAGCUAAAAAGCUAAACUACCCAUCUCUGAAUUUGUACAAAAAGGCCAGCCCUGAUGACAGUGAUAUGAAAUAUCUUGUAGUCCCUCCAACUGAGGCAAAUGAAUUUUCACCACACACGCUAAAUAAAGACCUUUCACCAAAAGCACUGCCUGCAAACAACGGGUUUUCAACAAGCAAAUUAAAUGUCGACAAAGAUCGUUUGCCCAUAAUUUCCCACUACGCACUUGAGAAAGAGUGGUUGUCAUCAAAUGUAUCAGUAGGGAAAAGAGCAUCAAAUGUACCAGACAAAACCAAACAACCUGUGAAAGACAUUAAUGAAAAAGACUUUGGCUCCAAGGAAAAAGAUACUUGUGGCCAACCCAUGAGUACCAUGGAUGUGAUCAGAGCAGCAAGGGAAGCAAUUAGUGCAGCCAAAAAUAAAGCUUUAUCUGCAACUCAGUCAGAUAGCAUCAAUAAGCCAAUUUCAGACACAGAAGAACUAAGGGAGAAAGAAAUAUUUAAGAAGGGUGCCUAUUCAAAAGAUUUAUAUCAAAGCAGAAAUGAAGCAACACUGGUAGAGAAAAUAGGGAAUGUCAAGAAAGAGCCCCCACCAGUUCCAAAGAGAAAUUUUGCAAAAUCUGAUGUUCAACUCUCUUUUGACAAAAACCAAAACCCUAAUGAUGACAAGCUCACUAAUGGGGAUUCAGAGGAAGCAAAACUAAAUAUAUCACCAAUCGAAAAUGAAUCUGCCCAGAAACAGGCUAAACUCAAAUAUUUAUUCUCAGCCAGACAGAAUAAUUACAUAAAACAUCAGAGAUAUACAGUAAUGGAUGAUGAACAAGGAGUGGAGUUUCAGGAAGGCGAUCUGAAUGUGAACACAGGAAUGGAUGUGGAUAAGGAGAUUAUGCCACUCAGAGAAAUGAGAGAGAGUGGGCAUAUAAUUAUUGAUUUGCAAGUUUUGAAAGAGCUGGAGAGAGCAAGGCUUGGCGAUCGUGUUCUGGAGAACACAAAGAACAAAUUAGGUGUUCUUAACAUAGAUGAGGAGGCAAAGGCUAAGAAUGAUUUGAUCUCAAGGGAGCUAAGGAACAUUAAGAAGGGCAUGUCAAUGAGAGGCAACACAACGGCUAAGAAAGAACUAUUUGCACAGAAAGAGAAGGACCAGAGCAAGCAGGAGACUUUCACAAAGAUAGAUGCCAACGUCAUAGUAAAUAAAGCACUUAUAAAUGAUAAUUAUGAUAGAGCCAAAAUGGCACUGGAAGAGAUCAUCUCAGACAGGCAGAAGAGAAAGAAUAACUUCACAGAGCAGGACGCAAUUCCAAUAUUUGAUGAGAACACUGAUGAAAGUUAUGAAACAGGGGUAGAGCAACGUAAAGUGAAAGAUUCUAUGACAGAGGCCAAGGAGAAACAAAAUGGCAGCACUCCUUCACUAAAAGAGAAAGAAUUAAAAGAGAGGUUAAGUAAUCUUAGAGACCACAAUCACAUGAGACAGAUCCUGUCACAAACUGAACCUCGACUUGAUGAGACUCCCAGAUCAGGUGGAAGGUUAGCGUUACCUGGCAUGGGCAAAAUUGAUGACCCCAAUUUUGAAUCAGAUGAGGUGAAUUUAAGAAACAUAGUGAGACAGAUUUCUGAAGAGAGCGGAGAGAAUCAGAUGAACCAAAAUGAUGGCAAAAAGGUAGAGGUUCCUUCUGUCCCUCCUAGGAGCAAAAAGGGAGGAAGUAGAAAAGAUGGAAGUGUUUCUAAGGAUACAGGAAAUGCAGUAGAAGACGAUAUCUUUAUCAAAGAUGUUAAAUGUGAAAAUGAUGAGGUACGCUUAAAAGACAUUAGGAGUACAGGCUCAGGAAAACAACAAGUGUAUAGUGACCUGUCCACCAGUCCUGUGAAAGAGAGAUGGGAUGUGGUAAAUAGCGCAAAUUCAAAAUAUAUUACAGGAACUGAUGGAGUUGUAUGUGAUUCUAUUUUACCUUCAACAUACCCACAAUCUGAAAAUAGAUUGUGUUUAUCACCAGAGUUUAAAAGGAAUGAAAACAAGGUUAUUAACUUGCAAGCAGAUAUGAGCACCAUAAGGGAAACCAUAUUUAACAAAAGCAAUGUCAGGGCAAAGGAAACACCCAAGGUAAAGCGGAAGGCUCCUUUAAGACCAGAUCAUUUAAACACACCAGAUGAUAAUGUAACUAAAAAAUGUAUGGCAGAAGAACCUAACAAAAUCAAUAGAGUUAUUGAAGAAAUACAUGUGGAUACAGAGGCUCUUGGUGAAACACACAGGGAUAUACUAUCACCCUUACUAUUGGUAAAUGGUAAAAGUGUAAAUCAGAGCCCACCUGACCAGGCCAGCUUGUCCUCAAAAUCCUCCUACUUCUCUGUGGAGAGUACACUGAACAGAAAUACUGAGACCGGGUCAAAUGUUUACCACUCUCUGGAGAACUUGAUUGGAGAGGAGGAGGAGGUUGAUGAGGUGCCGCGGAAUAGUUCACGAAACACAAAACAGGACUCGGACAGGACGGAAGUUGAAUAUUAUUCUUUAAGUGAACAUGAAAAUGAGCCAAAGGUUAAGCGACAGAUAAAAUUUCCUCAAAAAGAGACAAAAGAACCAUACAAGGACAGUAAAGAAAGGGAUAACACCAACUCAGAUCAAAGCGUGACUUGUGAUGAAAAUAAUUCAACACCAAUGUCACCUUCCAACACUUUCUCACUUAGUUUGGGGAUCCCUGCCUUAUUUAAAGUCAAAGACAUCACUUCAAGUACUAAAUUGAUAAAGACUAUACAACCAUGGUCACCAAGAGAGAGUCUGAGCGGUUCAGGGAGGGUAGAGGAGUUAAAUCAAGUACAGGGAAAUCCAGAGCUCCUUCCAACCAAUGAACCUGCCACUAGAGGUAGCACACCUAUCCCAGAUGAAAUCUUCAAGCCUAAAGUGAUUUCAUCAAAGAGUUCACCUCCUCUGCUGUUGUCUCCUUUGAAUCUACAAAGUGAAAACCCAAAGAAACCACAAGCUGGAGGAUUCCUCACUGUCCCUCAGGAGGAAGAUAGAUUGUCUGUGGUGAGUCCCUCAUCUGAAGGUGUGGAGAGUUUAACAGCCAGCACAGCCGACACCGCUGAAGAGAUGGGAAAGACUGCUGAAGUGUCAAAGGUUCCCAGUGAACGGUCUGGGUCCACCUGCAGUGGUAAUGAAAGCCAAACAGGGCUUCCUAAACCACCGGUUGUCUUACCCAAAUCUGAAAAGGCUGUUCUCAAAGCCAUAAAGCUGGCAAAUAGAAGGAUGAAGAAGGAAGAGGCCCAGAAGUCAUCCCAAAGGUUGUCUCAAAGUGGCAGCAAACAUAGGGUGGAUAAACACAAGAGCGAUAAACCUGAGCUUAAAAGCAGUGGCAGUCAAAGUAGCAAAAGCAGUGAGAGAAAUCACAGGGAAAAGACGGAAGAUGGUCGUCAUCACAAUGAUAGUCACCAUGACAAAACCAGUGAUGACCAGAGUGGGCAAAUACCCCAUCAAAGAAGAGUCCAUAGAGGGGAAAACCACACUCACGACAGAACACACAAGACUCUGAGACAGAGCCAUGAUUCUGUGGUAAGCAUUACCGAGAACAAUGAAGCACUACCCAGUGUUGCAACAGAAAGGCAAGGCCGCAGAAGUAACAGACACAUUCGUGAAAAGCCAGAGCAAAGACCCUACAGUAGUGAUAGAGUCAUUUGUAAUGUACCUGUGUACAAAGCUCAGCUCAGCAAGAGACCCACGACGGACAGGUCAAUUAACCGAUCACAAAGCAUUGAUAGGUACUCCGGAGAUCAAGUGGAGUGCAGGCCCAGGGUCGAUAAGUCAGUAAACGAGAAGUUUGAUCCAAGGACCCAGCGCAUUGAAAAAUCCAUUGUGGACGGCCUCCAGCAGAGAGGCAGAGCCAGAGAAAAGGCAAGCACAAACCUAAUCAGAAGGAGUCACAGUAUUGAUUCGUACCCUAACCCUAACCCUAACCCUAACCCUCACCCUUCAUCCCUCUCCCGACAGUCAAGCCACACCAGCCAGCUUUCUUGCCAGUCUAGCAUUGAGCACACCAUCGUUACGCAAUCCUUUCCUAUGACCCAACGUAAGCUCCUCCAGGAUCCAGACUCUGGGCAGUACUUCUUUGUAGACAUGCCUGUACAAGUUAAGACGAAAACCUUUUUUGAUCCUGAAACAGGAAGCUAUGUGCAGCUGCCAGUUCAGCCACCAGAGGGUGCUGUUCCUCAGGCCUCCCCCUUGGAAGUUUUGACCCAACCUCUGGUUGUUUACCACAGCUUUGUACCCGUGCCUCUCUCUCCCAUGGCUCAGAAGACUCCUAUCCAAGCCCCUCUUAUGGAGCCAAGAUUGAGGCAAAUGCACUGUAAGGAUGGACAUCCGUAUUUAGAGCCUGUCUAUGGUCAACACGACCACAUGUUAGGGGAGUUUCUAGGUACUGAGGAGGUGGACUGUCCAAGCUGAUGGGCUAGGAGGAUGGAAAGGAAAUAAAAUUGACUUAUUUUGAACAGUGUGAAAACAAUUCAGGGUGGUUUUCACUUCAAUGUUGAGCGUUUGAUCUUUUUAUUGCUUUACUUGCCUUAACUCACAUGGGACAAAGAAGCUCCCAGGGCUUUGCAAAGCUAUUCUUUAAAUGGUUUGGUGAGGAGAAAGGAGGUCGAAUUGAUUUGUGAAUCAAUGAUAGUCGAAUGCUUUUGUUUGAAUGUGGGUUAAAUGAUAUGUGUAAGAUAAUGUGUAAUUUUUGAGAAAGAAAAGGGACAUGGGCAAUACAUGUACAUAAUGUAUGUAAGUGUAAACAGAGUGGGUAAGCUUGAUUGUAAAUGUGGACUAUUAGUUGUAAAUGCUGAGUUUGUUGAAUACAAAAAGUGGUAUUGGGUUCUCCACUGCUUUUCAGUUAUUGUGUUUCUUUUCCAUUUUUAUUACCUGCAAAGUUUGAUGCGUUGACAUUUCUUCUUUCACCAGACAGUUUGCAAUCACUUAAGUUAUCAUUAGAGAUACUUGAAAACAAAUGGAAAAAUUGUCUUUAUUUGAACGCUACUGAUUUUAACUGAUCAUGUCCACACAAAAACAACAUAUCGUGCAUGCUCAAGUUUAAAUUACGGUUACAAUUAUUGAUUGUGUUUGAUCCACAUAAUUUUCACUUUUAAUGCCUAAAGGCUUGAACUGCUAUUGUGGCCAUUAAUGUUUUUUAAUAUGCCGAGAACAUGAAGGAGAAUUGGUUUUGUAAGUUUGUUGAGUUGGCAUUUCUCUAAACUAGAAUAAAGCAGGGCUGUAUUGUGUCUGUGAUCCAUUCCAAUAAA